AUGACUGAACCGACCACUGCAGCAGUCGCGGCUGUCGCUCAACGCGAACCGACUGGUGACGCUCUUGUCAAUAGGACUGAAGACCAAACCCCGGAGGAAGAGAACCCUCAAGAGCGUGAAGGUGUCAAGACCCAACUGCGCAAAAGGUUUGCGUACCAGCAGGUUGGCUGUUACCGCAUGAGCGAGAUGGACGUCAUCUAA